AUGACCGCCGCCGCGCCGCCCCGGCGCCGGGCUACAGCCGGCCUGCAUCUCUCUCUCGGAGCGGUGCCUCCGGCCUUGCGCCCCGCCGUACGCGCGUUCCUUUUCGGAUACACUUCGGCCGUGGGUCCUCGCAUCCUCACUCUUCUCGUCAAGUAUUGCAACUCGCGACGACGUAGCGCGGGUGCCGGUGGACCCGAUGGCGAGAAGAAGAGGGAACAGAUCGCCGCUUCGUUGAAGAAGGCUUUGGCUUCUGGGUUUGGCUGGAAUCGGUUUCCGGCUUUUUGUGCUGCGCUUGCUGGUGGGAGCACGUUGCUUGAGAUACCUGUAAGACGACUGCUUCAAAAGCUACUUGGGUCUAGUCUCGGUGCUUUAACACUCACUAGACUCUCAAGAUGGCUGGCCACCUUCUUCGCUGCAGCCCUUAGCCUGCAGCUCCUCCAAUCCCGCCAAAUGCCAGCCUACACGGAAACCGUCCCCGCCAACCCUGAUCAGCCUCCAGGCGGGGAGACGAAGACUAUCCGCUAUGGCGGUCGCACAAUGGACCUCACCCUCUUCGCCGUAGCCCGCGCCCUCGACGUCAUCGUCCGCGAACUCUGGACCUCGCGGCGCACCCGCCUCGUCGCCGCCAACAAGUGGACAAAGGCCGACGAGGUCAUCAGCAACCUCGCCGACCCGACCGUCUUCUCCAUCACCUCCGCCAUCGUCAUGUGGUCGUGGUUCUACUACCCUUUGAACCUGCCCAAGACCUACAGGAAAUGGAUCUCGUCGGCCGCUGCCGUCGACGAACGCCUCAUUGAUGCCCUCCGCCUGUGUAAAUUCCGCAAGCUCCGCUACGGCGAGGACACGGGCGUGGCUGACGUCCUCGGCUCCAUGAGCGUCGACCUCGGCCUCCCCUACGAAUGGGGCGACCCUGAGAAAGCCAUCCCGUUCCCUUGCGAGAUCGUCCACACGGGCUGCGGGCCUUCGUGCGAGUACCACGCCCUGAGCAGAUUCCUCCGCUCCUUCGUCUGGUCCAUGGCCACCUACCUCCCCAUCAACCUCGCCCUCCAGCUCCGCAACCCCUCAGCCAAGGGCCUCAAGCGCGCCCUCCUCUCCGCCAUCCGCUCCUCCACCUUCCUCGGCACCUUCAUCGCCCUCUUCUACUACGGCGUCUGCCUAACCCGCACCCGCAUCGGCCCCAAGUUCUUGGGCACCGACAUCCCCGCGCGCAACGCCAUCGACGGCGGGCUCUGCGUCGCCACGGGCUGCGCCCUCUGCGGGUGGAGCAUCCUCCUCGAAGUGCCCCAGCGGAGACCGGAGCUGGCGCUCUUCGUGGCGCCGAGGGCGUUGGCGCCUUUUUUCCCCAGGAGGUAUCCCGUGGGUGAGCAGUGGAAGGAGAUUGUGGCGUUUGCUUUUAGUGCGGCGACGGUGUUUUGUGCUGCUGCGGAGGAUAAGACGAAGGUUAGGGGGGUGUUGGGGAAGUUGUUGGCGAAGGUUAUGCAGAAGUGA